GUCCUUCGAGCGGGCAUGAUUGCGAAAGCCAAUGGCUCUGCAUAUCUUGAGCGCGACAAAAUCAAGAUCAUCUGCGCCGUGCAUGGCCCAAGACAACGAACAGCCGCAUCAGGCGCUUCAGCAGCCGCGUCUGCAACAGGUGGUGGCAGUACGACUUAUGCACCCGUCGCUACAGUGACAUGUGAGUUCAAGUACGCACCCUUCGCACGGAAUAGGCGACAGGGUUAUGUACGAGACAACAAUGAACGACAUCUAGGCACUCUUGUUGCUGAUGCACUCCGGCCUGCCAUCCAAACGGCACUCUACCCAAAAGCUGAGAUUAGCUUGUUUUUGACAAUUCUGGAGGAAGAUGGUGAGUUGGCGACCUUGGCAGCUGCCAUGUUGUGUGCGAGUAGUGCUCUGGGUGAUGCUGGUAUUCCCUGCUUUGACCUCGUGUCUGCGGCUUGUCUGAUUUACUUGCCAAAUGCACCCACCGCAUCACAGAUAUGUAUCGAUCCAUCUGCCUCAGAUGAAGAAGCAGCGGUCGGUGAACAAGUCGGCUUGGUAGUGGCAUGGAUGCCUUCUCGUCAACAGACCACACUCGUGCAUAUCGAAGGACAAUUUGCUAGUACGAAGCUUGCGCAAGAAUUGCUCCAGGUGGCAACAAAGCAAGCCGACCUUGGCAGUGCCAUCAUGCGUAAAGCUUUGCUGGAAGACGUAUAA